UUAUCAUAAUGGCGGAAAAAGUGAAAAAGUUUUUUAAUAUAAAGAGGUUGAACAGUCAAAGAGGUUUUAAUGACCUAACACCUUCUCCUACUUUUGAGCCUCAAACCAGCCCACCGACUUUUAAACAAGCCAUGCAAAAUUCGUCUAAAACCAAUAAUAAUUCUUCUACAGCGGAUUUGAUACCCAGGAAAAUGUCUGCAGGCGGCAUCAAAGAACUAGUACAAUGCUCUUUGUGUCUGGAAGUACUCAGCGAACCAAAAAUGUUGCCAUGUCAACAUACAUUUUGUUUUGCAUGUCUCAAAACAUAUGUGUCAGAUUUACCGGUUAUUUCGUGUCCCAUCUGUCGUACUAGAAUACAAAUUCACGGACCGAGCUUUGUAGAAGAUUUACCAUCGAAUCUUUACAUAGAUACGCUGUUGUCUAUGAUCGGUAUGAGUGUCACCCCGAAGACGGAAACACCCCCAGUCACACCAACGAAUAUGAGUUCAGUUGAAUUGUUUGCUGCUGGUAUAAGAUGUAGCCACUGCAGAUCCAUGUGUGAUAAUUCCGAUAUUUCCUCGUGCGAACAUUGUAAACAGAACUAUUGCCGAGUCUGUUGGUCGCAACAUUUGGAAGACAUGCGUUCACAAUUGGGAUCAAUCUUGAAAGAAUUGGAUUCAGCGGCAAAUAGAUUAGAACAUAAAACGGAACAUCACAAGGACCGUUGCGAUCGAAUUAUAGAACAAAUAAACGUUACAGCAGAGGAGAAGAUAAAUGCUAUUCUGGAAGCGAAAAUGGAGUUGUUAAAAGAAGCGAAAAACUUGAAAAAUAUUGGAGAUAUGUCCGCAUUAGCUCUGAAAUCGUCUUUGGAUGAGGCUUGUCAAGUAGCAACUAAUGCAAUGGACGUCACCCGGAAUACCAGCGACCGUGAAAAGGUGAAAACUUUUAUGAACUUACACGAAAACACACUACAACUGUUGUCGGAAGUUUCCAAAUGGGAUUCAGAGAAAUUUGCAUUCGACAAAGAGAACUUCAGCAUAGAAUCAGAUACUACAACUCCAUGUGACGCGGAAUCAGACGAUCCUGUACCCGAGGCUGCCAAACAGUAUGACCCAAUGGAAAGUGAGGGAAGUCUGAUACUUCAUUACAGAUCCCGCAACUUCGAUCCCCAUUAUAUUUGGCGGAAAACAUCUCGCCCUGCAGGAAUAGGUGUGAGUCCUUGGAAUAAUCACCUCUACAUCUGUGGGAUGGACAGCCACUGUGUGCUGGUAGUAGAACGGUCACAGGCCAAGAUUAUCACCAGACUGUCUUGUGAUGAGAUGCUUUGUCCAGUACAGAUUGCCUUCAUGAAGAGCCUAGGCGAGAUUUAUGUUACAGAUAAAUGGAAACAUUGUAUCCAUGUGUUUUCCAAAGACGGUGAUUAUAUAAGAUCUAUAGGUCAAAAAGGAAGUCGCGGGGGUAUGUUUCGUUCACCGGAAGGGAUCGCCACAGAUAACGCAAAUCAUCAUAUUUACGUCGUUGAUACCGGAAAUGAUCGAGUACAGGUAAUCGAUGCCGAUGGCAAAUUCUUGGACCAAUACGGAGUAGCUACAAGACCACAAGCUAUACAAACAUCGAGCUUAUGGGAGACAAAAGAUAUGCUCUGUACAGAAUUCAAUGCACCAACCGCUGUCGCCAUCACAAACGACCGCGUUAUCAUAUUAGAUAGUGGCAAUCGUAGAGUCAAAGUGUAUAACAAGCAAGACAAGAAUAAGAUCUUGGAGUUCGGCUCAUUGGGUCAGAGAAAGGGACAGUUCAGGCAGCCAGAAGUUCUAGCUGUUGAUCCAAUGGGUUUUAUCCUUGUAGGUGAUUCGGGUAAUUGUAGAGUCCAAGUUUUCAAGCCUAGCGGUCAAUUGGUGAGAGUAUUUGGAAGACUCGGCACAGAUCCUGGGAAGUUUGGGUGGAUUUCUGGUUUACAUGUCACUAAGCAGUUAGAUAUUAUUGUAAGCGAUGCAAAGAAUCAUAGUGUAAAUUUCUUCUAGUUAGUCUAAUAAAGCAUGUAUAUUUUACUAGAAGUGUACAUAUGAAAACAAAAGAAUGACAGUUUUUUAAGUAAAUUUAUAAAUGCAGCAAGACCUGACAAGGAUACUGAUUUUACUUGAUACGACUAAAACUAUCGUUAUUUUUUCCCUGUAUGUUUAAAAACGUUGCGAAAACGUCAUAUUGUGGAUAUCGAAGUUCAAUACCUUUACAAUAAAAUAUAGUAUGUAUAGUAAAAAUAAAUUAUUUUGAUCUGUAAAUCAAUCGUUAAUAUGUUGGCAUAUUCUAAUGGAAGGAUUGACAAACUUUAGAUUUGCAUAUAACAUGCAAUUUGAUAAUAGCUUUGAUAUAUUGUGCUCUACAGACAGUUCUUGAUUAAUAUAUCUAUAUUUAUACAUACAUACAUAUAUAUAUAUACAUAUUAAGUUCCGAUAACUUCUUCGCCGACAUUCGAAUCGCCUGUUUUAACGAACACACAACCAAUAUCAUAGAUUACAGAGAUUUCUCCAAUGAUAUAACGUCAAAGUCGUUUGUUUAAUUUAGUGUCGAAUGCUUUAAUUAUUUCUACUUUAUAUUCUUCUUACAAAGUUCUAAAAACAACAAUCGCAGAAUUAAAUUAUUUUUUACGUGCAAUCAUAAAUUGGGACCAAAUAACUAUGUAGAAAUAUAUGUAUGUAUAUUUUUUUAAACGUUGUUACUGAAAUAUUUAUUUCUUAAUUGUUUAAUAUUUAUUUAUGUUCUUUGCGUGUAAUUAACUUUAAGGAAUAUAGACGUAUAACUAGGCUGCUUGGUGGUCACCUUUGUCCAUAAGAUUCUCCAAGAGACAUAAAAAUAUUACUUACACCAUCAAAGCACCGGUAAUAUAUUGCUCUAUGAACAUAGUAAGCCUAACCAGUAAUUUGUUCUGAUAUGGAUAAGGGUAUAUGUAAUAACAGAAACACAUUGAUUGAAAACAAUUUCAUUUAUAACCAUUUUAUUACAUCACUGGUUUACAAAAAAAAAAAAAUAAAGAUACUUUAGACAUUAAGUUGUUAAAUCUUAAAAAUAAAUAAAAAUUAGAUUCUUGGAACAGAUCCGUUUUAUUUAUUUGAAUAUACCUAAUAAUUUAAAAUUAAAAGGUUUAUAGUAUAUGGCUUGCCAUUCCCAAAAGUAUUUUUAAAAAUCAAAAUAAUAUAAGCUAUCCUUUUCCUCUUUCACGUCUAAGUGCAUUAUAAUAGGUGAUUUUUUGUCGCAAAUUUCUCCCUUCGAAAUAAUCUCUACAAUUUUUUUUUUCAUUAAUUUUAAGAAUAAGGCCAUUGAAAGUGUAGUAAAUAUACAAAUACGUAAAUGUAAAAAAAA